CCCCACUCCAAGUGGGUAAACGUUCUCGGCUGGCAUCACUGCGUCCGGCUACGGCAGCCGAGCAGCUCGGUCAACCGUGUCUUGUGCGCGCGUUGAAUGCGGAGAUGUUGAUCGCGUACAUACAUAGAUCACGUCGUUUUUUGCGAUCUGAAAUGCGAGACCGAGUCGAUAAAUGAAACAUCCGCAUAUAGACGAAUAGACGGCGAUGGUUGUGCCGCUCUCGCAGCUUUCCUGAAUCGACCGAAUGUUAUAACUUAACCUAGAUUUCGCUUUUAUGCUGCUCUAUAAAUGUAAAUCGCUUCAAGAUGAUGCAGCAAUACAUGAAGGAAUUGGAGCAGGAUCCAUUUGACCCCGAAGAAUUUGUUGAAAGAUUAGCUUGGAGAACUGUCAAUGACAACACGAAGGAUAGAGGAAAGUCCUUUUUUGACCCAGUCGUCGUCCACGAGACCUUCCUACAAGCAAUCAAAGACCUGCAGAUACUACAAGAACGUCAGCAGAAGAAGUGCGACAAGUUGGAGAGCGCGCUGAAGGAAGAAGAAACUCGGCAUACGUUUGAGAUAUUAGAAUUACAGGAGAGAAAUAGACACUCUAUCGAUUUAUUUCAUCAGUUGGACGAGAGAAUAAAUCUCGUUGCUACUAAAGUUUUACAUCUGGGGGAUCAGCUGGAAAGUGUCAAUACGCCAAGGGCAAGAGCGGUUGAGGCUCAAAAGCUGAUGAGACACUUCUCGGAGUUUUUGAGCCCCGGCCCUUUGACGGAUCCAAUUUUCACAGACAAGUCGUCGUUGAAUGACGCUGCAGAUGUGAUACAGAAGCUUCAUCUCAUAGCCCAGGAACUUCCCUCUGAGAAAUUUGAGCAUGCCAAGAAGAAAAUUGGCGUCAAGUACGACGAGAUAGAACGCAAUCUAAUUGAGGAGUUUGUAAGAGCGCACAACAGAGACGACGCGCCGCGCAUGAGGGAAUUGGCGAGCACCUUGGCGCACUUCAAGGGCUACUCGCAGUGCAUCGACGCGUUCAUAGAGCAAAGUCAGAUGGGUUCUUUCGGUGGGAAAGACGUCUUUCAAGACGUCAUACCUAUGUGCACCAAGUAUCACAAGCUUAUGCAACAGGUAUUCUCUAAUCCUGAACAAGUGAUGGCCAAGUUUGUCCUCAACAUUUACCAUCUGCGCCUACAAAAGUACGCGGUGGCCAAGUUGGCGGACAAAACCGAUUCCGACAAGUAUCUCAAGAAUCUUUACGAUCUGUACACGAGGACUGUCAAGCUCUCCAAUGACCUUAAGGUCUUCAAUAUGGGCGCUGACGAGACUUAUCUCGCCAAACUUACGAGGAACAUCUUUCAGAAAUAUUUAGACACUUACAUUAGUAUUGAAACAAAGGCAUUUCGGGAAAAGUCCGCGACUUUGCUCAUAGAGUACUACGAAUCUAAGAAUCAUCAGAAGAAACAGCUGCAAAUGGGCGGUUUUCAGGAGCUACGUAGGGACUUGCAGGCCGUGUUGGGUGCAAGAACGAAUAUAAACAUUGCUCAAAUAGAAGAUUACGGGGGCGAGACAUUUUUGUCGGAGGAAUUAGCGAUCGCGAUACUACAAAGAAGCAAGCUCGCGUUUCAAAGAUGUCAAUUACUCUCGCAGCCCGUCGACGUACCUGGAAAUGCGCUACAGAUCUUGGAGAUAUUGUUGCAAUAUUUAAUAAGCGAACACGUAGACUACGCGUUGGAGUUGGGCUUACAGAGUGUACCGAUACCGGAGAGCAGAACUCAACCAGAGAUUCACUUCUUUAACGUUGUGCAUCAGUGUAACGCGAUUGUCCGACUGCUGGAGGAACAAUUCAACGAUAGCGUGCUGCCUCUCGUCGUCUCGACAUCCAAACACGCGGACUGUUUGUUGAAGAAGAAAGCGAUAUUGGAACAAAUAAACGUCAAAUUGGACACAGGCUUGGACCGCGGUAUAAACGCUAUUGUUGGCUGGGUGAAGGUGUAUUUACAAAACGAGCAAAAGAAAACUGACUUCAAGCCGGAAACCGACGUGGACACCGUGAAUACCCCAGCCUGUUUGGUCGUGGUGCAAUACGCGAGCGGGAUGAUACGACUGAUACGAAACACCUUGGAUGGCAGACAUUUGGAUACCGCUCUUAAGGAAUUGGGGAUCAGAUUCCACAAGAUCAUUUACGAUCAUUUGCAAUCAUUUCAGUUCAACUCCGCCGGCGCUAUGUGCGCGAUAUGCGACAUGAAUGAGUAUCGCAAGUGCAUUAAAGAGCUAGAGGUUGACUUUGUUACAAAUCUCUUUGAUACUCUGCACGCCUUGUGCAACUUGCUGUUGGUUAAGCCAGAAAAUUUGAAGCAAGUCUGUACGGGAGACCAGCUGAUGACACUCGAUCGUACCGUUCUACUCAAUUUUAUUCAAUUAAGGACCGAUUACAAGACACAGAAGUUAGCCAAUUGUCUAAAAGGUAUAACAACGUAAUGACAUACUCUGCUUAAAUAAAAAAAAAGAGAAAAAACUUUGUGCUCAGCCUAUUCCACCAUGGUCAACGAUUGAAAUAACUUUUAAACAAGUAAUAUCGUGAUUAGCCGUUUAAACGCAAUUGUUGCCUUUAGACUUGUUCACUUUGUCAUUAGAUUUGCAAAUACAUGUGUACUCGCGGAAAAGUGUUUCUUCCGAAUAAACCUAUUUAUUAUUUCAC